AUGGAGUUCCUCUCAGUUCCCUUCCUGGUGCUGUGUGCCAUGGCCUUCCUCACUGGGGUGGCAUUGAAUGGCUACGUCCUCUUUCUCAGCGGCUGCCAUGUGGCGAGGAUGACCAGUGCCAUGUGGUUCUGGAACCGGGCCGUGGCCGAUUUCAUCUUUAUCAUCUUCCUGCCCCUCAGAGUCACCUCCAUCUUCAUCCUGGACUUAAAUUUGGCCACUAUACUGAGCAGCACCGUCACCUCCUUCCACAUGUUCUCCAGCGCCUUCUUCCUCACCACCCUCAGUGUUGAUCCCUGCAUCCUCGUGGCAUGCCCUGAGUGGCCCUGGAACCACCGCACGCCCCCGUUAGCUUUCAUUAUGGUUUUGGGCAUGUGGGCCCUGUCUCUUGGGUUCAGCUUGCGGUACGGUGAUCUCUGGGAAUCCCUCCUCUCACCUGCCAGCACCAGCAUGCAUUUCCGAGGGGAUGAAAGGAGGGUGAAGGCCACGAUUGUAAUCCAGUUCCUGGUCGUGGUUCUGAUCCCAUUAGCCUUGAUCUUGAUCCCAACUGUCUACAUCUUUCUAGCUGCCAAGCUGAGAAGGAACAGGCUGAUCCAGUUCACCAAGCCACUCAAGAUCCUUCUCGGUUUGAUCCCAACCUUUUUCGUCUGCUGGCUGCCGUAUCACGUCUUCUUCUUGUUGAUGUCUGCUAAUUACCCUCUGCUUCUUUUGAACACAGGAAGGGCUUUUGCUUAUGUCCUGACAUAUUUAAGCAGCUGCCUCAACCCCAUCUUCUAUCUCACCAUGGAGGAAGAGUUUCUGAGGUACCAGCAACAUGCACGCAACUCCCAAACCACCGACACCUCAGGAUCAGAGCUGGUUGGAUAG